GAAGCAUUACGUACUGGAAAAGAGCCACCGGCUAUAUGGAAAGUCCAAAAGGCGUUGCUCCAAAAAUUUAUCCCUGAAGUGCGAGAGGAGCAGAGGUCAUUUGCUGCUACGAACAGUUAUCUUGGAUACUUUGGUGAUGCAAAAACCAAGUACAAGCGUGUAUAUGUGAAGUUUGUGGAGAACACAAACAAGAAAGAAUAUGUGCGUGUUUGUUCUCUGAAGCCUAAGAGCAAAAUUACAGUCCCUGCAAGGACCCCCCACACAAAGACCAGUAACAAAGCACCAGAAAUCUCUCCACCGAAAUCCACACCGCCUAAAGUUGUGACUGUAAAACCCAAAGCUAAGCAGCCAAAGACCAAGGCUGAGCCUCCACCAAAGAAGAGGAAGCAGUGGAAAGAAGAAUUUGAAUCUUCUCAAUCUGAUUCAUCUCCAGAUAUGCAAAGUGAUGAGGAAGAGUUUGAACCUCCACCACCACCGGUUACAACUCGCUUUUUGAAUACUCGGGCCAUGAAGGAGACAUUCAAAGGCUACGUUGAGUUACUUGUUGGAAUUGCAUUGGAUGGCGACAUGAUACAAACAUUAGAAAAAAACAAUGAUGAUGUCCUCCUGCCUCACAUGAGAAAGAUUGAAGGCAUGUUAAAUGACAACAGAAGAAGAUUACUUACAAAAUUACAGCUGAAUCAGCCUUUAAAGGUACAAACAAUGCUGUGUCCCAUAAACCUAGAAAUGAAUGUUGUAGUUAGAAAAAAAAUGCUUUAUUUUUUUAGAUCACUUAUUUCCAUCUAAAGGGGAGGAGAAUCU